AUGACUAGACCUAGAAUUGUGCGAGCUGAUACGCUCGACCUCCAAGACCACGAUGCUCCCUCCGCGAAGGACCAUACACACGCCAUCCACACAAAUGAAGAGACCGGCCUAGCUCCGCACCAAGAGAAGGAACUCCGUCAUGCCGGCCACGAUUCCAAAGCUGAAAUCAUGCACGGGCCCGAUGGCCGCGACGGGGUUGAUAUCUACGAUGGCACAGACGAUAUCCAUAUUGGGCUUGGUGUGCAUCGGGAUGAGGGCGAUGUUGGCGACCAUGAAGACGGUGACCAUAGCGAGGGGGAGGAUGACGAUUUGUUGGAUGAUGACCUCAUGGACAAAAUCUCGAGCUCUCCCUCCAUUGACGACGAUGAUAUCAACUUUGAGUUUGUAUAUGCGCUACAUAACUUUGUUGCCACCGUCGACGGACAGGCAAACGCGUCAAAGGGAGACAACAUGGUGCUGUUAGAUGACAGCAAUAGCUAUUGGUGGUUGGUCCGAAUUGUGAAGGAUGGAAGUAUUGGGUAUCUGCCCGCUGAACAUAUUGAAACACCCACGGAGAGAUUGGCACGGUUAAACAAGCACCGAAAUGUGGAUCUCUCCGCGUCAAUGCUUGGGGAUAAUUUGGAGAAAUCCAAGAACCCACUGAAAAAGGCAAUGCGCCGACGAAAUGCAAAGACUGUCACCUUCACCAGCCCAACGUACAUUGAAGCUUCUGACAAUGAUUACUCGACCGAGGAGGAGGAUGACGAUGACGACGUCUCUUUUACCGACGAAUAUGCACAGCAAGAAUAUGAACAGCAAGAAGAGCAGAACGAGGAUAUUGUUGUCGAACCGCUGCGUCCAAAGUCUAAAGGUGUUGAAGAGUCGCAAAACGCGGAGAAAGAACCUACUGCUGCCAGCCCGGAAAAGCAGCGAUCAAGCCAGGAGAUUUUUGAGCAAGAAGACCCUAUUUCCCCUACAUCUGAACUUAACGUUAGCCGGUCAAGGAAUGGCACGCUUAGAAAUACCGACUCAUUCUUCAAGGACGACACUGCGGAGACCAAGAAGAUUUCUCUCACUCCGAACCUGCUGCGAGACGAGGCCGCGUCCGGCGAGCCAAGAGAGACUCGUAUCAGCCUAGAAGCACUUGAUAAACUCCAACCGGACGAAAAGAAAGAUGACAAGAAGAAAAAAGACAAAAAAUCUGGAAUGCUUAGCGGUCUGUUCAAAAGAAAGGACAAGAAAUCCAAGUCCGGUGAUGAUGAAGAAAGCACGGAGAAGCAUUCGGGCGAACUGGCUCGCUCAUCGCCAUCGCCGAAGGCAUCCAUGGAAUCCGUUUCCUCCCCCGAAGCACGUCCAACGAAACACGCCGGACCGGCGAGGCAAACUAGCAAGCUUCAAAAGCAACAACCAGAGGCAGCUCAGCCAAAGGAAUCCUUCGAACAAAAGGAAAGAGCCCCGAGGGAGACCCAAAGAGAUCAGACGAUACGUCAAGUAGUACUCGACGAAGUGGAAGAGAUCUCUGGACCCUCUCGUUUCAAGCCGUACGAGCCAGAACAGAGCGCGCCGACGGUCAGUAUACCGAGCCCUCAAAAGAAGCCAAUGUCGCCAACCUCACCAACGUCUCCAAUCUCACCAAUGUCACCCAUUGGCGGUCCCAACCGGCAGCUCCCACCAAACCAAGGCCCAGCGCCCUAUUCGCACUCCGUAACAUCACCGCCGCAAAAGUUCGCUCCAAGCCAACCAACAGAGCAAUUCCGCUUUGUCGAUUCGCCCGUCAGCGUAUCCUCGCCCCUGGACCGCCAGCGCACGCCCAGCAUCCCAGGUCUAACCACCGACCUCCCACCCGCCGAAGACAGCCAAUACUCGCCGGACUCGCCGCCCCUCUCCCCAGCCGACACAACGGACAGCAGACGCGCCGACGUCGACGCCCCCGCCACACCCUUCGAAGCACCAACUCCCACAUGGAGCGACGCCAGCCUGCGCUCGUACCUGGAGGACGAGAACGAGCUGCGCGACCUCUACGUCAUCGUCUACGACAACUCGAAUAUCCCGCCUGCUGGCCCCGAGCAUCCGAUUACGGGGAACCUGUUCAAGGACGAGAGCAAGAGGCUGCGCGAGAUGAAUAGCCAGUUGGACUCGCUGUUGUCGGAUUGGGUUAAGCGCAGGGUGCGCAGGUCGACGGCGACGAGUCAGUAA